AUGGUAGCCACAACAGAGGCCGGGGUGCGGAAGGCAGUGGGGGCUGCCAGCCACAUCUGUGGGGGGAUGGGGGACAGUGGGGUCCACAAAGAAAUUAGCUUGGAGGCAGCUACUGACUUUGAGCAGGGGCGCAUCGAGUACCUGGUGAAAUGGAAAGGCUGGGCCAUCAAGUACAGCACCUGGGAACCCGAGGAGAACAUCCUGGACUCCCGCCUCAUCGCCGCCUUCGAGCAGAAGGAACGAGAGCGUGAGCUGUACGGGCCCAAGAAGAGAGGACCUAAACCUAAAACUUUUCUGCUGAAGGCUCGGGCCCAAGCGGAGGCCCUCCACAUUGGGGAUGUACACUUUUCUGUCAAGCCUGGUUCCAGUACCUCCUCUCCCAAACUCCACUCCAGCGCCGCCGUGCACCGGCUCAAGAAAGACAUCCGGCGAUGCCACCGCAUGUCGCGGCGCCCCCUGCCCCGUCCAGACCCCCAGAACGGCGGGAGCGUGGGCGGCGGGGCCGGCAUUCGCCCUCCUGUCUCGCCCUUCUCGGAGACCGUCCGCAUCAUCAACCGUAAGGUGAAACCCCGCGAGCCCAAGCGCAGCCGCAUCAUCCUCAACCUCAAAGUCAUUGACAAAGGUGGGAAGCCAGCCAACGGGGCCGGGGGCCUGGCCCGGCCCAAGAUCCCGUCCCGAAACCGUGUCAUUGGCAAGAGCAAAAAGUUCAGCGAGAGCGUCCUCCGCACUCAGAUCCGCCACAUGAAGUUUGGCACCUUUGCGCUCUACAAUAAGCCGUCUGCUGCGCCUACCCCCUCUCUGGAGGGCAAGGGGGAGGCCGAAGGCUCCCAGGCAGCCUCCUGUGGGCUCAUUAUGGGCUCCACCCCCUAUGAUGCCCCCAGCUCCAGCUCCUCUGGCUGCCCAUCACCCGCUCCUCACUCCUCUUCUGACCCAGAUGAUUCCCCUCCAAAGCUGCUCCCUGAGACCCUCAGCCCAGCCAUCCCCGACUGGCGUGAGUCGGAGGUCCUCGACCUCUCAAUCCCACCUGAGUCGGCUGCCACCAGCAAGCGUUCUCCCUCGGGAGGGUGCAGUGGGGGGCAGACACCCUCUUUGUCCCUCUCCUCUUCUGACCCGGAGCAGGAGGCCGGCGACUGGCGUCCUGAGAUGUCCCCUUGCUCUAAUGUGGUGGUCACAGAUGUCACCAGCAACCUCCUCACUGUAACCAUCAAGGAGUUCUGCAAUGCAGAGGAUUUUGAGAAGGUGGCGGCGGGUGGUGGUGGAGGAGGCAGCAAGUGAGCAGCCAGGUCCCCCUGCUCCAGGGGCGUGGGGGGAGCUCUACCUGAGAGAAGUUGUGUUGCGAAUGGCUGUCCUUAGUUCUCUCCUUCUCCCCUUGGCUGUCCCUCUGCCCUCACUGCCACCCUUCCUCCUUUUUUCCUCCUGCCCACUUCCUCUUGCCUGGAGGCUGGAGUGUGUCAGUGGGGGUAUGGGAGCACCCACUGUUCUGGGUGUUGGUACUGCUAGGAGGAGGCAGGGAGGGUUGUGGUGGGGCUGGGGAGUGGUUGUUUGUCCUUGAGUGUGGUGUUGUCCAACGGGCGGUGGAGCCUUUGGGGCUGAGGGAUGAGUGAGCAUGUGUCUGUGUGCCUGUGCAGGUGGUGACGAAGGUGCUGCUCUUCCUCAUUCCCUUUCCAUCUUUGACAAAAACUGAAGAGGAGCUCCAAACCCUUGAGGGAAGGAUGUAAGAGGAUUGGAGCCCUUGCCCAUGUCCUCCAGACCUUCUCCCACAAUGUGCAUGCAGACUCUUCCAUUCUUGUUUACCUCUUGCCAUGACUACCAUCCUGCCAUCCUUCCCCUCGUCACCUGCAGCCUGGAUCUGCCCUGUCCUCUGCUGUCCUUGGGGCAGUUGCUGAUCCAGAUGCCCUCAGAGUGAGGGGGAGAAGGACAGGUGAAAUGUCAUGCCUGGAAGGUGCUUCAGACAAAGCUGGGGUGGUGGGGGGUGCCCCAUGCAGCCUAUGCCUCAUAUUGGCUUCCCCUUUCCUUUGACUAUUGGUGCUACCUUGGCAGUUGUAUGGGCGCUUUCAGGUGCCCUGAUCCCUCCUCUUCUCCUGCAUCUUCCAACCUGUUCAGCUCCUCAGGAGAAGGGGAAGAAAAGAGGAGUCUGCUUCCAGCCAACAUCUUCCUCCUGAUGUUCAUCAUUUGCACUUGUUUGGAGAGAGGGACAUGAAAUGCCGUUCCCUGGUCUUUCUGUGGCGGAAGCGGGAGUGGGCUGUGGAUCCAUCCUUCAGUCUGUGGAAGAUAAUGCCGACAGCCGCAUGAGGCUGCUCUCCCGCCUGGUGUGCAAGCUUCCCUCGGCCCUCUUUGCUUCCUCUUGCUCCUGCCAAAGGAAGGAGGGGUGGAUGCUAAGGCAGGUUCGUUGUUCUUCCUGCUUGCUUUUGCCCCUCCUGCUCUGCCCUCCCUCUGGUGAGUGGCCUGGAAGAGGUUUCCCCUCUGUCUUUCAGCAUCUGAAACAGCCCUUACAACUGUCAACCAGAGGUGCUCAUAAGAAAUACCUGUCUCACAUUGUAUGCAUGUGCGCUGGAUCUCUUCCCCGAAAAAGCUCCUGUGAGCUGAUCUAGAAAUUCCUUCUCUUCACCCCUAGCAAACAGGAGGGAGCAAGACCACAGCUUGCUGUUUGUUCCACAGCUCCCUCUUUCCCUGACCAGCUUUGUUCACAUCCAAAAUAAGCUCUAUUUUUUGCCUGCCGUUUCUGGCUUGCUUUGUUUCUGUGUGGGUCCUAAGCUUCACAGUGAGAAGCCAUUCCUUUGCUCUCCUUUCUUCCUCUACUCGCACAGGACUGAGCCUGUAGAGGCAAGGAAAGGAGGUGCUGAUGAACGGUGGGAGAGCCUCACCCUCUCAGCCCUGUCCCUGGAUGGGGCAGAGGGGUGUCCCUUCUACAUAACAUGCUGCAGAGGUGUAAAGGGUGGGAAAAAUUCCUCAUGCCAGGGCUCCUUUACUUACAAACCUGCCCUGGGCAGGUGAACACAAGUGGAAUUUGCCCCUCUGGUGCUUUCACACAAGAAUGUUCAGGAGCUGCUGGCUCUGAGGAGUGCUCUCCUACAGUAGUGAUUUUGUAGUUGCAGUGAUCUGAGCAUAGAAGGGAGGUAAUUUGUGGGAGGGAAGUAAUAUUUGUCUGCCCAAGGGACAUUGUCAGGGUGGUAGAGGGAUAGACCGGUGUCUGACCUUAAUUAGGGCUUUUGUGCCCAGAGCUUGUCUGUUCCCUGCCUCCAGCGCCUGGGCUGGUGUAAUAAAAUCUGUGCUGCCCUCCCCACAAACCUUGCCUUGCAGUGGGUGGCGUUCCAAGCUGUGGGAAACGGUGAAUUCACACCAGUUACGGUUGGGUGCCCGUGCAGACCGUCUGAGGGGCAUUCCAGGUGCUGUUAGCACCACCCUUGGUACACCUCUUUCUUUUUCUUUCCUUGGUUUAAAGAGCUUAGUGGACUCUUCGGGGAUGUGCUUUCAUUCACAACUGAAGCUAGGGGCAGGGAGAAAGAGACUUCCCUGAUCCAUUCACCAAGCUAAGGCUUUCUAUAACUUGUUGGACUUGUGUGCGUGUCUGUGUUUAAUACCUGCUUGUAUUUUUUGUGGGUGGUUUUUUUUUUUUUUU